UUGAAUUUGUGAAAUCAUCUAUGAAAUCAUUGAGGAGAGAGGACUAGGCACAUUUGCAGUCUCUCCGUCCCUCACUCAACUUCCUCUUUACUCUAGAGCCUCUGAAUGGGCGAUAUUGUUAAGGUUGAAUGAUCUGAAGUGAAGGCAUUCAAAUGACAACUAGGAGAGAAGUGUCAUCAGAAGGAGGGAGCAGCAGGACUGCCAGCCCUUUAAAUAUCGAGCUACUGCCUCCAACUGUUAGUGUUAUUAGCUGUAGCAGCGAGGAAGAGACUCCAAUUAAUGUAGACACUGGAAACAGAGCUGCUACUGCCCCUUCUGAUCUGAGGGUACAGCAGAGUGUAACGUUUUCUGAUAUAAGCACUGCUCCUUUUAGGCACUUGUCUGAUGCAGCAUCAAUGGACUCUGCUGUAUCCACUUCUCCAUUGACAAGCAAUGGAGGAAGAAGGACCGGAGUUGAAACUAUAAUAGAUGGUUCCAUCAGCUUUGCUCCUUCUAGAGAGAAACUAAAACAUCUUAAAUCGAGACUAAAGCUUCACGAUUUAUCGCAGAACGAGCUGGAGCUAAAAGCUGCACUGUAUUUUCAUAUAUGUAAUCCACUCAAGAGGUGGAAAGUGGAAAAACUUGUCCCAUACAAACUCGUCCUUCAAGUUAUCAAGACGUUCCUUUUAGUAGCUCAGGUGCUAUUGUUUGCCUACAGUACUUCAAAUCACCGCUCUGUCUUCCUGUAUAAUUCAGGACUUCUAUUUGACCAGCUGCUCUCAAGGAAUACUUCGAUUGUAUCUUAUGGGACAGUGAGGUACAGCUACACCCAGUCCAGUCUCACUGCUGAUAUGGAUCACUUGCUGGACAGGUAUUAUCAGUUGCCAAACAUAACAUUGGGUAGUUAUGGACAUCAGGUUAACCCUGAAGGAGAGCCGGAGCCUGUACGAGCUACUCUUGUACAAUUUAAAGAAUCUCAACCCAACCCUACCUCCCCUCAUUAUUAUUCAUUUGACUACACUCCAAUCACCACAAUAGUUAUACUCAAUUCAACUGACAAUGGGACACUGACAGAUCAACUGUAUGAACAUGGGAUGGACCUAACUUUUGUGAGGUUUAUUUCUCUUGAGCUUCAGAUGAGUAUCACAGGUGUUCUGAUUACAGACACGUCUCACAUUGAAUGUUAUCUAUUUUAUGUGAAAGUUUUGUAUCAAAAGGAGUCCAGCAAAGGAAGGAUUUCUUAUCAUCUGAAGACAGAGGACGAGAAGAUUGAAUGUAAUGGAGACCCACCAGCUGACGUUUCUUCAUUUCUCAUAUUUCUGACAGUCCUUGAUGUAAUUGUGAUCAUUGCUUCAGUCAUAUCAACUGGUUUUAUCUGCCACACCUUAAGAAGAAGCUUUGUACUAGCAAAAGCUAUGGGUGAGUUCUACGAGUCUCAGUUGGGUAUUUAUGAUUUGAGUUGGUUUGAGAGGAAAUCUCUAUUUUCCAUUUGGCACAUCUUCACUGGUUUCAGUGACUUAUUACUAAUAAUAGGAACACUCCUCAAGAUAUUAUUAGAGUAUGAGGUCCCUGUACAUUCAGUGACUGUUCGUAUAUUAAUUGGAACAGCUUUGAUUGUUCAGUCGUCGGCAAUGCUUAGAUACUUCAGCUUCUUCAAACAACUCAACGCUUUAACUAGGACACUCAGUGCUGCUUCCCCUGAGCUGAUAAAGUUCCUUUUUUGUACGUCAAUCCUCUACUUUGCUUAUGCUCUGUGUGGCCUAGUCGUGUUUGGAUCUUACAAUGAAGAAAUGUUUGGUAACUUUGGCAAUAGUGUUGAGAUUCUCUUUGCCCUCAUAAACGGUGACAGUAUUUGGCUCAUUUUCAGAGCCUUCAAUGAUCAAGACAUCUUAAUCUAUAUCUACAGUCGACUCUUUGUCUACUUGUUCAUAUUCUUGUUCAUCUAUGCUGUCCUUAAUCUCUUCACGUCACUUGUUAAAACUGCCUAUGAUAAUUCUUCGCUUGUUGAUCGAGCAACCAUUAAUGAAGUGAGACGAUUUGUGUUUUCUGGACCACUCACUGACAAAGGUGUGGCACUGAAGGACGUAACAUACGUUAACAAGUAUGUUAAACCAGAGGUUAUAUUGAAGAGGAAAAAGAAACCAUCCAGAACAGACAGCAGAAACAUUAUUGGAGAUCUAGACUGACCACUACAUUCUUUUCGUGUGCAUUUCAAUUUUAAUUUUGUUUAUGGAAGAUAAUUACAUGCAAAUUUUGUAUUAAAUUCUUUCCAAAAUUGUCAUUAAUUUUGUCUUCACUUUGAACAUCAGUUAAAAA